UUGCUGAAUGGUGUCGAUGACACUUUGAUUAGUGCUUUUCUGGUGUUACUGAGAGCCAAAGGAGAGACUUUUGAGGAAAUUGUGGGGCUUGCGAGGGCGAUGAUCAAGCAUAGUUUAGAAGUAGAGGGCUUACUUGAUGCAGUGGACAUUGUUGGAACAGGUGGUGAUGAAGCAAACACAGUUAACAUUUCGAUUGGAGCUUCAAUACUUGUUGCAGCUUGUGGUGCCAAAAUUGCAAAGCAAGGAAAUCGUUCAAGUUCUUCGGCAUGUGGAAGUGCCGAUGUAUUAGAAGAGUUGGGGAUAUUUAUCGACCUGGAACCUGAGGGAGUUUCAAGCUGUGUGAAAGAAGCAGGCAUUGGAUUUAUGAUGGCUCCAACAUAUCAUCCAACAAUGAAGGUUGUCUGCUCAGUUAGGAAAAAGCUUAAAGUAAAAACUGUAUUUAAUAUAUUGGGCCCUAUGUUAAACCCAUCAAGAGUACCAUAUGCUAUUGUGGGUGUCUAUGUAGAAGAUUUGGUAAGUUUUUUGUCAGAUUUUUAUAAUUUUAAACUUUACUUCUACCUGUUUUGUUGAAUUGUGGUCUACAUAUGAUGUUCAUGGUGACUAGCAAAUAUGACUAGCAUAUCUAAGGCUUUUACAUAAAUGAUGAUGGAACCGUUUGUAAAACAAAAAAGAUAAAGUCCACAUAGGAACAAACAAUAAA